GCCUUUUGCUCUUUUUGGGCUGACCACCUCACCAAAAUAGACGACGGCGCAGGAGAGCAAACGCGCUGCGACUGCUUCCACUUUCACACCCUCGUCGCGCAUCAAGCAAGUGCGGCAACGCGUGGAUAAAGGCCUCUGAACCCUAACCGCCGCUCGCCCAUCGGGUACUUGGUUCCCGUGACGGCAUCCUCCGCCUCCAGAUGGAUCUUGCCGCUCGUUGACUGUAGAUCGGCCCUUCGCUCCAUCCAGCCCCCCCGAGUUGGCAUCACGAUUGCAACGUUCGUAUUACCCAUUGACCUCGUCCACCUUCUUGGGAGUGCCGUGCGCAUCGAGUACCGAACCAGUCGCCGCCAUGGGCUGGCAGGACUGCGAAGCGGCCCCGGCCAAGAAGCGCCUCAUCGUGCUCUGCGACGGCACCUGGAUGAACAGCGACUACGGCUACGUCAAGCCCGGCCUCCUCAGCGGCAAGGGCGGCCUUCAGGUGCCCUCCAACGUGACGCGCAUCUCGCGCUGCUUCAAGCGCCGGUGCGCCGACGGGACCCUGCAAAUCAUCAACUACGAGUCGGGCGUCGGCAGCGGGAGCAACAUGCUGGACAGCGUCACCGGCGGCGCCUUUGGCGUCGGCCUGGCAGAGCGCGUCCGCGAGGCCUAUGCCUACCUGUGCGCCAACUAUCGCGACGGCGACGAUAUCUUCCUCGUGGGCUUCUCCCGGGGCGCCUUCACCGCGCGCUCCGUCGCCGGCAUGAUUGGCAACCUAGGCCUUCUCACCCGCGAGGGCGUCGAGCACUUCUACCCCAUAUUCAAGGAUAUGCAGCACUGGAUGGACGACGACUACGACGACCCGUUCCCCAACAGCCCCUUCCCGGACAAGCCCAAGGGCCCGCAUGCCGACGACGAGUACCGCGUCCGCCUCGCCAAGAUGGGUUACACGCGCGUCGUGCAGCAGAACGGCGCACCCAUCACCAUCAAGGCCGUGUGCGUCUGGGACACGGUCGGCAGCUUGGGCAUCCCCCGCAUAGCCUGGCUCGAGAAGGUGGGGAUACGCCCGUCCAACGACGAGUACGACUGGCACGACACGGCCCUGUCCGACACGAUAGAGCACGCCUUUCAGGCGCUCGCUCUCGACGAGACACGGCCGCCAUUCAGUCCUGCCGUCUGGGAGCGCCCGCGGAGAAUGAGGCUCAGGACCGAUCUUAGGCAGGUCUGGUUUCCUGGAAACCAUGGCAACUGUGGAGGUGGCUGGGAUGACCAGGGCAUUGCCAACGCGACCCUGGCAUGGAUGAUGGACCAGAUGGCCAGUGUGGGCGUCGAGUUUGACAGGCCAUCCCUCGACCGCAUCAUCCAGCAGUCCACGGAAUUCUACAUGCUGCCUCACGCAAAGAAGCCUAGGAAGAGCCGCCGAGCCAUGCAGCAGUGGGCCGUGGAUUCCAUCUACGAGAGCAACCGGCCAAUUCGUCCAUGGGCUCUGGGCCAAAUCCAAAAGGACUCGAGCCUCCUCUUCAAACUCUCGGGGGAGACGACGCGGACACCAGGCGUCUACCGACAGGUCGACCCCAAGACGAAGCUCGAGAAGGGUAAGUUCCUGGAAGACACCAACGAGAGCGUCCAUAGCUCCGUGCGCGUGCGCCUGGCGUGCGAGGGACUGGGCCUGAACGAUCAGUCGAUAUGGACCUGCAAGGCACUCGCAGACUGGCGACUCAAACGCGUCACAAUCGCCCGGGAUGUUCCCAUGCGGGACGCGAGCGGCCGUGAAUUCUACAGGGAGCAGUUGGAAGAGCGCUGGGUGUGGAAGUACGUCGGGGACGACAGGCUCGCGCCCGAGGACCCGAACCAGAGGACCAUGUGGGAGGAGCCGUUGGGGUACUACGAGCGGUACCUGCUCGACAUAUCGGGUGGCUCGCCGAACGUGUUUGACCAUGCGGAGAAGAGGGCGAACAAAAGCAAGAGGCGGAAGCCGUCGUCACGGCCCAGAAGGCGGCGCCAACAAUGAGCGCCAAAGAGAACGAGGGGAUCGCGCUGUCUAUGACGAAGGACCAAGCUUGUUUUACCUGCACAUUAGAUACCACAUUGAAACCUCUAGAUAAUUUGAUAUAUUUUUCGA